GUUGGCCUUAAGCCCCGCCCCUUAUGCGUCCUUCAAGGAAGGUUGGGAGCCGUAAGCUCGCGCGACCACUCUUCCCUCCGUCUUUUCCACAACACGUCGUCGCAAACGGGGCCGGAAAGCGUGGCAGCGCAGGCGCAAGCGCAGAGAGUGGAGACGGCGGCGGCGGUGGUGGCGGCCGCUGACCAGUGUAAGAUGGCGGCGGCGUUGGUGGCGGCAGUGGACAGGACGGCUGGGCCUGGAACAGCUGGAGCAGCAGCUAGCAGAAGGAUGACCCCAGACGGGAAGCGGGCUGCUGAGCCUCGCCGGCUCCCGUGCUUGUAACUGUCCCAGCCGGACACCCCCUCCCCCCCUUGACCUACCCGUGAAUCUACAGACCUGUUUUCUCAGGAGUUCAGCCUGACCCUACAUAAGUGAUAAAGGAGAAGAGAUCCAGGCUGGCUACAAUAAACAUCAAUCAAGAUGUCCAGCAAAGGGAGCAGCACAGAUGGCAAAACAGAUUUAGCUAAUGGAAGCAUGUCUAGCAGUCCAGAGGAGAUGUCUGGAGCUGAAGAGGGGAGGGAGACAUCCUCAGGCAUUGAAGUGGAGGCCUCAGACCUGAGCUUGAGCUUGACAGGGGAUGAUGGUGGCCCCAAUCGCACCAGCACAGAAAGUCGAGACACAGAUACAGAGAGCUCAGGUGAAGACAAGGACUCUGACAGCAUGGAGGACACUGGGCAUUACUCCAUCAAUGACGAAAACCAAGUCCAUGAUCGCUCAGAGGAAGAGGAGGAGGAAGAGGAGGAGGAAGAAGAACAUCCUCGGCGUCGUGUACAGCGCAAGCGGGCCAACCGUGACCAGGACUCAUCAGAUGAUGAGCAGGCCCUGGAGGACUGGGUGUCCUCGGAGACAUCAGCCCUUCCCCGACCUCGCUGGCAAGCCCUUCCUGCCCUUCGGGAGCGGGAGCUGGGUUCAAGUUCCCGCUUUGUAUAUGAAGCUUGUGGGGCAAGAGUCUUUGUGCAGCGUUUCCGCCUGCAGCAUGGGCUUGAGGGCCAUACUGGUUGUGUCAAUACCCUGCACUUUAAUCAGCGUGGAACUUGGCUGGCCAGUGGCAGCGAUGACCUGAAAGUGGUGGUUUGGGACUGGGUGCGGCGGCAGCCGGUACUGGACUUUGAGAGUGGCCACAAAAGCAAUGUCUUCCAGGCAAAGUUCCUUCCUAACAGUGGUGAUUCUACCCUGGCCAUGUGUGCCCGUGAUGGGCAGGUGCGGGUAGCAGAGUUGUCUGCCACACAGUGCUGCAAGAAUACAAAGCGUGUGGCCCAGCAUAAGGGAGCAUCCCACAAGUUGGCCCUGGAACCAGACUCUCCCUGUACAUUUCUAUCUGCAGGUGAAGAUGCAGUUGUCUUCACCAUUGACCUCAGACAAGACCGGCCAGCUUCGAAGCUGGUGGUGACAAAAGAGAAGGAGAAGAAAGUGGGGCUCUAUACUAUCUAUGUGAAUCCUGCCAAUACCCACCAGUUUGCAGUGGGUGGACGAGAUCAGUUUGUAAGGAUUUAUGACCAGAGGAAAAUUGAUGAGAAUGAGAACAAUGGAGUACUCAAGAAAUUCUGUCCUCAUCACCUGGUGAACAGUGAGUCCAAAGCAAACAUCACCUGUCUUGUGUACAGCCACGACGGCACAGAGCUCCUGGCCAGUUACAAUGAUGAAGACAUUUAUCUCUUCAACUCCUCUCACAGUGAUGGGGCCCAGUAUGUAAAGAGAUAUAAGGGCCACAGAAAUAAUGCCACAGUAAAAGGCGUCAAUUUUUAUGGCCCCAAGAGUGAGUUUGUGGUGAGCGGUAGUGACUGUGGGCACAUCUUCCUCUGGGAGAAAUCAUCCUGCCAGAUCAUUCAGUUCAUGGAGGGGGACAAGGGAGGCGUGGUGAACUGUCUUGAGCCCCACCCUCAUCUGCCUGUGCUGGCAACCAGCGGCCUAGACCAUGAUGUCAAGAUCUGGGCACCCACAGCUGAAGCAUCCACAGAGCUUACAGGGUUAAAGGAUGUGAUUAAAAAGAACAAGCGGGAGCGGGAUGAAGAUAGUUUGCACCACACUGACCUAUUUGAUAGCCACAUGCUCUGGUUCCUCAUGCAUCACCUGAGACAGAGACGCCAUCACCGGCGCUGGCGAGAUCCUGGGGUCGGGGCCACAGACGCAGACUCUGAUGAGUUUCCCAGCUCCUCAGACACUUCGGACGAGGAGGAGGGCCCCGACCGGGUGCAGUGCAUGCCGUCCUGAGGCCUCACACCCAGGAGGGGUGGGCUGGGGCUGCCAACCUGAUCCUGCCUGGGAGCCCUUUCCUGUCUUAGGCCCUUCAUUCAGCAGAAACGCACUUUGGACUUUUUGCUUUAGAUAAAAGAAAAACAUCCCAGGAGAAGGACAAACCAGAGAAGAGUGAAUCUACAGAGUAUCUAGGAGUGGGGUUGAGCCCUGGAAUUGGGCUCCAUGGAAAGGUGCAUAAGACUCAGCAGAAAUGGCCUCUCCCCAAAGCCUUUUGACGGGGUAGAGGGAGCCUAUUUUGUUAACUGGUUUGGGGUAGGGAAUGGGGUUUCCUUUUCUUUAAUCUCCCUUGUUUCUUGGGCGGGGGUUGGGGAUAUAACUGGCUGUUCAGUACCAAGGAGCCAGAGUAGUAGUGGUAGUAGAAGUGCCACUCUCUCUUUGGUUUAGGUUUUUGACCUUUUUUUCCCCUUUAUUUUUAAAAAAUCUAUGACAGUUAUGUUAUCCCCACCCCUCCACCCCCUCCCCCGCCCCGCCAGGACCCUGUUUUACUGGGAAGUCCUUAGAGCCCCUAACCAUCCCACACUCUUCACUUUCCUUUCUGCCCAUUCAUACUCCAUACUUAUCACAGUGUUUUGCACUUGAUUAUGUAUCCUUCACUCUCUUCUCUUCAUCCCAUCACCUAAAUAGGUCUGGUGAGGGAGGUUGGUGGGAGGAGGGGCAGAAGUGGAGGAAGAAUAGGAAGGGUUUUACCUCUUCUGUUACUUUAAAAAAAGGUUGUUUGGUGGCAGCAAUCUCCCUGUCCCUAUCACUGUUAGAGGCCUAAUUUUAUAUCUAUAAAUAUAUUAAAAAGCAAGUCAAACUUGGGUGUAUCAUGUUAAAAUUAUUAAAGUUUAAAUACCUACAUAUUCUCUAUGACUUACAAGAAACGGGCUCACAGGAAAGAGUGAGGGAGAGUAAUGAUGUAGAGGUGAUACCUGGGGUCCGCCUACCCACUGUGUAUUGCUGUUGAGAGAUUGGGACUUACCCCUUGGGUUGUAAAGGGGCUCCUGAAUGGAAGGAUCCUCAAUUUUCCCCUUCCCUCCCUCCCUCUUACGGUUUUGGGGUUGAGAAAACAAGAAAUUGCUUUCAGUUCUUUGCCUCAGAUCUCCUACCUCUCUGUAAGUCUUGUGGGGGUUCCCAGGUAGCUCUUCUCACCAGAGACUGGCCCAUCCGUAAAACUUGACUGAACUUUGACUUCAGGAAUCGUCCUGCCGCUGCAGACUGUCUCUUCUAGUACUGUGUGUUGCAGAAGACACUCACUCUUAGCUCUAGCUCCCCCCCCCCUUUUUUUUUUUGAGCUGCUUGAUUCUUUAUACCAUCCAAGCCCACAACAACUCUCUUCCAAAUGGAAGACUAUACAUAGGAAAAGACCUCCUGCGUUUGACUUUAUUCCUUAUCCACAUCCUUGAUAUCUUGUGAUUGAGGGACAAGUCACUAAUCUGAGGAUUGAUUAAGGUGGAUGGGUCUUGGACACCUGUCUUAUCACUGGUCACUGAAUAUGAAAGUCCCAGUUGAAUUCUUGCCCUUAAAUGCUUUUGCUGCUAUUUCUUUGCACUCCCAACCAGCAAUUCUGUAUCCUAAGACAGUCAUUUCUACUAAACAGGCUAGGAAGGAAGAGUGAAAGGAUGGAAUUCCCAGACACUCCUCCCUCUUGCCCCUUUUCCUAGCAGUUCAUAUCAGAGUUAGCUGCUGCACUUCCUUUCUGAGGUAGGGGAUGUGUGGUGACGGUGUGAUCUGUGUUCCUGUUUCUAAUGGGGUAGGUGAUGGAGUGGGCUAAAAACCAUGCACUCUGGAAUUUGUUGUAUAUUUUCACUUAGUAAAGCUUUUUUCCCCGACUGCUGCUGUGUGUGAUAUG